AUGAAGCUUUGGGGCCCCCUGUUCUUUCUCCUCUCGGUCGUGUCUGGAGUGCUUUCCGCAGAGUCAUCUAGGAACAAAUUCGAAAAAUACCAUUCUCUGUCCCGAUCAGCGCCCGUUGAUUUGAACAGCGCAUCAUAUGAAGAAUUGGUCUCCGCACCUCGAGAUUACUAUGCGGCUGUUAUCUUAACGGCCCUGGAUGCUCGCUUUGGGUGUCUUAUGUGCCGCGAGUUUGAUUCGGAAUGGGAUCUGAUCUCGCGAAGCUGGAAUCGAGGUCCCAAGCCCGAUGGCGUCAAUGUCAUCUUUGGAACGCUGGACUUUGAUCAGGGCAAGACCGUUUUUCAAAAGCUUAUGCUCCAAACUGCGCCUGUGAUCCUCAUGUUCCCUCCGACCGUUGGUCCCUUCGCCAAGGUGGACGGAGAUCCUCUUAGAUUCGAGUUCACUGGUCCGAUCUCAGCCGAUCAGCUAUACUCUUGGAUCAGUCGUCACCUUCCUGAAGGACCAAAGCCUCCCUUGGUUCGACCCAUCAACUAUAUGCGAAUUGUCUCCGUAAUCACGGUUUUGAUGGGUGUUGUGUCCCUCUUCACAGUGCUGUCGCCGUAUGUGCUGCCAAUUGUUCAAAACCGGAAUCUCUGGGCUGCUAUCAGCCUGAUCGCGAUUCUCCUCUUCACCAGCGGUCAAAUGUUUAACCAUAUCCGGAGAGUACCUUACGUCGUGGGUGAUGGCCGGGGAGGGAUCAGCUAUUUUGCCAAUGGAUUCCAGAACCAAUUUGGAAUGGAGACACAAAUCGUGGCUGCGAUCUAUGCUGUUCUCUCCUUUGCUACGAUUGCGCUUGCCUUGAAGGUCCCCCGGAUGGAGGAUGUCAAAGGGCAACAGUUAGCUGUGCUGAUCUGGACGACUGUUCUUUUCGGCACGUACAGUUUCCUCCUCAGCGUUUUCAGAGCCAAGAACGCCGGCUAUCCUUUCUUCCUGCCUCCGUUCUAG